AUGGAUUAUAUGGACUAUUUGAAAGAAAUGGGACUUGAAUGGCACUGGGUCUCUAUUGUUGUGGGCCUCCUUGUCUUUUAUUUUAUCAUGGAGUGCUCUACUGCAAACUCAAGCCGACCCAGCCUGCCUACGCUCAAGCACUUCAAGCUUCUGCCUCCAUUUUUCAACCGUAUCCUUUAUGUCGUCAAGGCGCCUUCUCUGAUCUCCUAUGGAUACGAAAAGUACAAAUCCAAACCCUUCCGGAUUCUCAAGCUGGAUGGAGAUUUGACCGUCCUGCCUCAGACAUACCUUGAGGAACUUGGAGAUCUUCAUUCACGCCAGGCAAGCCUUGUCGGUGCAAAGUACAAGAGUAUUCUGGGAGGAUGUAUCGACAUGCUCAUAAACAGCGGGUUGCCAGCACGCACCGUUUCAGAGAGAUUGAAUCCAGUUUUGGACCGUCAAAUCCCUCGACUGCUCUUUGAACUCCACCAUGCUUUCUCGGCUGUAGUCCCUUAUUGUGAAGGCAAGUAUGUGUCCAUCAAUUUGUACCAUAUGAUCCUCAAGCUCGUUACACACUCAACAUCCCGCAUCAUCAUCGGCCAAAGGCUCUGCAGAAGCGAACAAUGGAUCAACAUUAUCACUAAGUGUACAUACGACGUGCGUAUUGCCGCCAAACAACUACAGCUCGUUCCAAGAUUCCUCCGUCGCCUUGUAGCUCCUUUCCUUCCAAGUGUUCGGAGACUCGAAACACAACUCCGAUGGAUUGCAGAACAACUUAUCUUGCCUAUGAUCCAACACCGCAGGGGACGAGAGCUCAAUGACCCGGCCUACAAGAAACAAGAUGACUUCCUGCAGUGGAUGAUGGAUCUAGCGGGCAAUGACUACGACAGAGAACCCGUGAACUUGGCAUACGGGCUGAUGAUUACCAUGGCUUUGGCUGUCGUUCAGACCAGUACGAUGCUCAUCACUCAUGCUAUGUAUGAUUUGAUGGUCCAUCCCGAGUACCUUGAGCCUCUGAGAGAAGAAAUCCAAGAGACUUUGAGAAACGGCUGGAUUAGGGCCUCGUUGAGCGACUUUGGCGCCCAGCAUCGAUUGGAUAGCUUUCUUCGCGAAUCGCAGCGUCUUAACCCCCCUUCUGAAGUCUCCGCCCAACGCAUCCUCGGACGACCUCUCACUCUCUCCGAUGGCAACACUCUUCCCAAAGGAACUCAUAUCUGCUUCCCAUCUGGCCCUAUGUCUCGCGACCCAGCUAUCGUUCCCGAUCCACUUACCUUCGAUGGGUUCCGUUGGUGCAAAGACCUUAAUGCCCCAGAUGGAAGUGUUACUGAUGUCUGCCCUGCCAAUCUACACUUCGGAUUCGGUAGACAGGCUUGUCCUGGCCGGUUCUUUGGGGUGGUCAUUGCGAAGGCCAUCAUGAGUCGACUCCUGGCUGAGUAUGAUCUCAAGUUCGAGGAUGGUCAAACUGGAAGACCUAAGAAUAUCGUGAAUGGAGAACAGAUUAUGCCAAGCAUCAGUACUAAAGUUCUCAUCAAGAAGAAGAACGUUGAUAUCUGA